AGGGAGUAUAAGAAAAGAACGCGGUUUUAGAGGAGUGCUGUAAGAAGGUCAAUAUACCCGCCAACCAACAAACUGCCAUUGUCUUUUUAAUAAGUUGUGAACUUUGGACUUUUGGACCAACAUUGAAGCCGUCAAAGAAAAGAUCGUCGGCACCUGCUUGCUUAUCUUCCUGUCUCCUUCGCCUUGAAAGCUGCACCUCUUGAAGCAAUUAGAAAGGAACGAGCUUUAAAUCAUGGGGGACUCUUCGAGUUCAACCUCUUGGAGCAGUCAAAAGGAGACGGAAGAUGAUCGGAUGAUUGCUCUUAUGUUAUCUGAAGAGUACAGUAAACUAGAUGGUGCAGUCGGCAGACGCCUCUCGAAUCUUGCUCCCGUACCUCAUGUUCCACGGAUUAAUUCUUAUAUUCCCAACUUAAAUGAUGCUACCUUGGAUCAUCAACGCCUUCUUCAAAGACUUCAUGUGUACGGUUUGUGUGAGUUGAAGGUCUCUGGUGAUGGAAACUGCCAGUUUCGAGCACUCUCUGACCAAUUAUACCGAUCUUCAGAUUACCACAAACAAGUUAGGGGAGAAGUUGUAAAACAGCUCAAAGACAAUCGCUCUAUGUAUGCAAGUUAUGUUCCAAUGAAAUACAAACGAUAUUACAAGAGGAUGGCAAAACUUGGAGAAUGGGGAGACCAUAUAACCCUACAAGCAGCGGCAGAUAGAUUUGCAGCAAAGAUAUGUCUGCUGACAUCCUUUAGAGACACUUGCUUCAUUGAAAUUACACCUCAAUACCAAGCACCUAAGCGUGAGUUAUGGUUAAGUUUCUGGUCAGAGGUGCAUUAUAACUCUUUAUAUGAUAUUCAAGCUGCUCCAGUUCAGCAGAAGCCAAAGAGAAAACAUUGGUUGUUCUGAAAGGCAUGCCUCUCAGACGUCCCAUAUUAAGACCCUUUAACUCUUUCUCGUACUUUUGUGCAUAAGUCAUAUUCUCGUAUGUCAUAACUCUUUCUUCACACUUCUGUCUCACUGUCUGUAUACGUACGAACUAGCUUGAGUUGCAACAUUUUAAAGCCAAAAUAUGGUAGUGGGACCAAGGCAAAGAAAAUAUGCCAGUUUCAAUCGAUUUAAAGCUUG